AUGAAUGUAAUUCAAGAAUCAUGGGGUGAAGAAUGUAUUGGUGAUCCUGCUUUCUGUUUCAGUAGUAAACUAAAAAGACAAAAAAUUAUCUUGAAGAAGCGGAACUGGGAAGUCUUUGGUGAUCUUAGAAUUAAAGUUAAAGCUACAGAAGAAAAGGUCUUAGCUGCUUCCUUGGAGUCUGAUGAAGAUCCUGAGAAUAUUGAUUUUCUUAAUAAGCUUGUAACUACUAGAGAUAUAUUAGUGAAUCAUUAUAAGAAGAAGUUUGAAAGGAAGAAUGUAAUAUAUGAUGAUGAUAUCUUUGAACUAAUUCCCAAGAUUUUAACUGAUGAAGAUAACAAGGUUAUGGAUGUUGUUCCUUCCUUUGAGGAAUUUAAGAAUGCAGUUUUUGGGAUGAAUGCUAACAGUGCAUCUGGUCCAGAUGGAUUUCCUGGAAGUUUUUAUAAAUAUGCUUGGAAGGUGAUAGGGAGUGAACUGAUGGAGGCUAUGCAGUAUUGUUGGCAUAACAGAUACAUACCAAGAGGUUUCAACUCUAACUUGUUAUUUCUUGUCCCUAAAAUACAAGGGGCUAAGAGAGCUGAAUAUUUUAGACCAAUUGGUCUAGCAAACUUUAAUUUCAAAAUCAUAACUAGAAUUAUAACAGACAGAAUUAGCAAGGUGAUUGGGAGGUUAAUAUCUGAGCAACAAGGUGCAUUUAUUAAAGGGAGAAAUAUACAUGAGAAGAUAGUAUUAGCAUCUGAAUUGGUGAAUGAGUUGAAUUGUAAGAGAAGGGGAGGAAAUGUUAGACUCAAAAUUGAUAUUACUCAAGCUUAUGAUUCUUUAAGCUGGGAUUUCCUUUUUGAAGUAUUGAGAAGAUUUGGUUUCUCAGAUCUUGGAAUUCAAUGGUUAAAUAAGAUUUUUGAGUCAGCUAGAAUAUCAGUUUUAGUAAAUGGUGGUCCUUGUGGCUUUUUUGAUGUUGGGAGAGGGGAUCCAACUGUUAAAAAGUUAAUAACAAUAAAAUGGGAUAAAGUGAAUGCUCCUGUGGUGGAAGGUGGAUUGGGUUUAAGAAGGUUAGAAGUUAUGAAUAAAGCUUUGUUGAUGAAGCUUCUAUGA